GUGUCCACUUCCGGGAGGAAAGGGUCGUGGGAUCUCAGACUGAGGGGGCCAGUCAGGAGCCGCUCCCGGGGUCCGGGCUGGGAAAGCAGGGGGCGUGGGGCCCGCUCGCCGGGGCCAUGGACGAGGACGGGCUGCCUCUGAUGGGGUCGGGCAUAGACCUGACCAAGGUGCCAGCAAUUCAACAGAAAAGAACUGUUGCAUUUCUAAACCAGUUUGUGGUACAUACAGUACAAUUCCUCAACCGAUUUUCUACAGUUUGUGAAGAGAAGCUGUCAGCUCUUUCUCUUCGGAUUCAACAAAUUGAAACAACUCUCAAUAUUUUGGAUGCAAAGCUAUCAUCUAUUCCGGGUCUGGAAGAUGUCAAAUUUGAAAUCCCAACUGCAAAUGUUAAUGGUGUUACAAAUGGUCCUGAAGCUCCCUCAGGUCAACAGUCAUCUCUGUCUCCUCAAUCUGAGCAGAACAGUAUACAAGACACUGGACCACAGAAAUGUGAAGCGGCAGCAGAAAAUAUCUUAACUGUAGCCAAGGAUCCAAGAUAUGCCAGAUAUCUCAAAAUGGUUCAAGUGGGUGUCCCUGUAAUGGCAAUAAGAAACAAAAUGAUAUCUGAAGGACUGGACCCAGAUCUUCUUGAGAGGCCAGAUGCUCCAGUGCCUGAUGGGGAAGGUGAAGCAUAUGCCAAAGAAAGUUCAGAUAGUGAAUCUUCUUUUAGUGACUGAACUCCAUGUUGACUUUAUUGAAUUUAUAUUUCUACAUAAUAUAUACCUGCAUAGGAAGAAGGAUGUUUUUACAGCUUAUAUGCAUUAGACCAGAGGUGAAAUCCAUUUCAAUUAUAUUGGAGGCUGACAACUUUCAGAGAUCACCUCUCCUACCAAAUAUUUACUAGACUAAGAUUUUUCAGCUCUUCAUAAUGGUUUCUGAUCAUCAGUUGAGAAAAUGUCUAGGAAUCAUCUUAAUUUAUGCAAGUUUUCUAUAAUAACUAACUUGAAUUUUUUCUGACCCAUAAAAAAUUAAUAACCAGCUACCACAGACAGCCAAAAAUUAUUUCUGUGUUUUAAAAACGCAAAGGAAUUUUUAUUAUCCUGGUAGAUGAGUCACUUUUGACAGCGUGCAUCUUAUUACCACGUGGAAAUAUCUAUAACCCCAGUAUACUUGAAUAAGUAAAAAAAAGUGAAUAGCCUGAUUAAAAUAAAGCAUAAUGCUAAUAUAAGCACUAAGCUUUGAAAUUUGAAUGAUGCAAUGUAAGUUGAAAGAAAAAACCCAUUUAUUUUGAGUUUAAUAGCAGGUAACAUACUUCCUAAUUGAUUUUAUCUAAACAGUGAACUUAGUUAAAUUGUUGAGGCUAUUUGUACUAAGAUUUUUAGCCUGAAAACAUUCAUAUGAAUUUACUUCUAAAACAUUUACUAAAUAAUUUUUGGGCUAAAAAUAUAUAUAUAGUUCAAAUUUACCAAAUUACCUAUGGAGACUUUAAGGGGUAGUUGUAAAGAUGGUUCUCUUUCUAAGAGAGCACCUUUCAGCACUUGGUCAUUAUACAUUACCCCGGUCAGAGGUAAUGGUCAACGUGGGCCAUUUAUACAGUGUCCUCUUGAAAGAGUUAGUGAAGCAUCUGUUACCUCUUCUGACUAGCUACUCAAAAAGAGCGAUUAAUUUGCACAUAUUGUAGGAGCCUCUCAAAUUUAGAGAUAAUCCGUAAAUAAUGGUGCACAAUAGGAAAUAACUUAAGAAGUCUCUAAAACAUUUGUUACAUGGAGAAAUUGAGGACAUUAUUGGAUGGUGCUCUUUCCCAGUCAUUGAAUUGACCUAGAUUUACUGUUUUACCCUAGAUUUAUAGAAUUGUUCUAUUUCUCCUUCAAGCUGAAACAAGAUUUGAUGCUAAGCCAUACUUAAGACUUCCAGAUUUUUUCUAUUUAAAAAUUUAUUUUUUAAAAAUCUACCAAAAAUGAAUCAAGCAUUAACAAUAAACAAGUCUAUAUCUUUAUAGUAUGUUGUAAUUAUGAUAUAAAUUUUAAAUGUUUCCCUUGACACACAACCCGCUGAGUUUGCUCAUAUCUGUAAGUAGAACAUAGCUUCUAUUAAAGGAUGAAUGGUGUCCCUGUGCUCUUAUGAAGCAUCGCUCAGGCAGCACUGAGUAGUAAAACUACUUUGUUUCUGAGCAGUUUGCUCACAAUCACCAGUUCCAUCUCCAAGAGUUCAGCUCACAAGGAAUGAAAAUUCCCAAAUCUUAAUUUUGUAAUGUAGCAAGUGUUACAGUAUUGCCAGUGUGGCAGUCAUUUAAAAAAUUUUAUUUAGCCUCUUUUUUCUUAAGUGAGUGACACAGUGAUGGCUACCUCAGUCUUUAAAGCUUGGACAGGCCAUCUUUUUGUUUUGUUUUGGGGUUUUUUGGCCAUUGAAAUCUUGGUAAUGAGUCCACACACAGUUGGCAACUAAUAAAUAUUGAUGAAAUUAAUUAAAUUGACUUUGUAUUAAUGGUAUUUCUCUAGAUCUUAUUAAACACUUCAAAGUGAACAGCUAAGAAAACUAAAAUGUAGCUUGACAAAUAUCACAUCUUACAAUUUACUGUAAAACGGGUUCAAAAUCCCAGCUCUGUUUCUUACUGUUUUUGUGAUUUUGGCCAAGUCCGCUGACUUCUUUGAGCCUCAGUUUGCUCAUUCAUAAAAGGAAAGAGUUGAACCAGAUGAUGAGAUGAUUACUGAGGUAACAUUAGCUCUAAAUCUUAGGCUUUAGAUAGAAUACAUAUUUUUGCUACAUGGUUAAUCUUAUUAGUACAUUUUCAGCAAUAAGCAAUCUUCACAAAUAAGAAUAAAACUAUUUUUAGUACAUGGACAUCAUCUUGCCCAGUUUCCUUGUCUUAACAGGUAAAGCAGUAAAUGCCAGGAAAGGUUAACGUUGACUUGCUUAAGAAAUUAAAAAUAAUUUCAUUUAUGUCAAUGAGAAAUGCUUACUUUGAUCAUUAUAUUCUUAUGUAUUAAAAUACUAGUCCUUUGUAAGAAUUUAAUAAUCUUAUUAAACUCGCCUUUUAUAAACUA